AUGAACGAUUCGAAAAAAUUAUCUCAAAAUAUUAACGCGAGUAAAGAUUUGCAAAUCGUAAAACGGCCACUGACCGAUGAACCUGAUGAUGAAUGGGCCUUAAAACGUCAUAAACUGAACGAUUUGCAAAGCAAGAACGCUGUAAGCGCCGGCAUUAAAGCUUUAGGUGAUCGUGAAUUACUUGAAGAGGGCUUACAUUCAAUGCCUGUGCACAGUCCCGCUUUUCGUCAUUAUCGUUCGUUGAAUUCUAGCCCGGAGGCACGUAAACUUGCUCGACGUGGUUUUGUGGAAAAUCAUGCAACUUCCCGCGUAGCCGAAAUGUUUAAUUACACACGCGGUUCGAAGCGUGAAAAUAUAGGAGCAGGACCAAAAAUGCUUCUACCUGAUCCGACAUUAGAUAUUUCUUGCAAUUUUAAUGCCAAAUAUCGUCAAGCGAACGGGGAAUGUAAUAAUAAAAAGCAUCCGCGUUAUUACGGCGCCACAUUAGUACCUUACCGGCGUAUGGUCAAUCCGGAUUAUGGUGACGGUAUUUCCUCGCCGCGAGGAUCCUCUAGGAAUGAUUCGGCGUUGCCUUCAGCACGCGAUGUUUCGUUAAAGAUUCAUCGCGCUUCUUAUGAUACUGAUUCGAAUUUUACAAUUAUGCUAGCUGUAUUUGGCCAAUUUCUAGAUCAUGAUAUAACUGCGACCUCCUUGAGCACUUCGCAAGAGGGCGAAUCGAUUAAUUGUUGCGUAGUUCACGAUUCCAAGCAUCCUGAAUGUUUUCCAGUAGUAAUCCUCCCCGAUGAUCCCUAUUAUUCGAAAUUUAAUGUAACUUGUAUGAAUUUUGUGAGAUCUGCUCCUGCUCCCACUGGUCAUUUCGGACCGCGUCAACAAUUAAAUCAGGCUACUUCGUUCAUCGAUGCAUCUAUGGUUUAUGGUAAUUCGGAAUUAAGGCAACAGAAACUACGCACCAUGAUAAAUGGUACAUUGCGCAUAAAUGUUUAG